UCUGACGUCAUUCAGCUCAAUUGUGGCGUCCAAUCUCACCCCACACCGCUCUGACGUCACCCCGCGGCAUUGCGACGUCACCUCUGACGUCACCGCACACGUCUGACGUCACACCACAAGCUCUCUCCCGCCCGCCGACUCCACAUCGCUCUCCCCACCUCCGGUUGGCCACCUCCCAACCAAUCCGCGUGCGGCGCCCGCUGCCGGUCGCCCAAUGGGUGCCGGGCGGGGCGGGGCUAAGCGCGCGCUCCCGACGCCGUUGUCGGUGCCGCGCGUGGCCGCGGUGCGUCCCGGCAUGGAGGAGCCAUGGAGCUGCACGGCCAGACCGGGAGCUGCCCCGCAACGUGCCGAGCGUGCGGCCGGGGACCGGGCACCGAGCACACAGCGACACGCAAAGAGCGCAAGGAGCUGUCACUGACCGAGAAGGUGCGAGUGCUGGAGGUGCUGGAAGGCCCCAAGGUGUCCCAGAGCGAGCUGGCCAAGAGAUUCGGGGUAUCGCAACCCCAGAUCUGCCGCAUCAUUAAGAACAAGGAGAGGAUCCUCAGCGAGUGGAGGAGGAACGGGAACCCCGACAGGAAGAGGAGCAGGGACGGCAAGGACGGGGACAUGGAGGCUGCGCUGCUGCGAUGGGUGCAGGGAGCCCGCAACACACAGCUGCCCAUCAGCGGCACGUGGCUGCACAUGAAGGCCAAGAACCUGGCACAGGACGUGGGCACAGCGCGCUGCCAGCACAGCAACGGCUGCAUGGCACGGGUCAGGGUGCAACACAACGUCAACAGCGAGAAAACGGUGCAGGACGGCGGGGAUGAGCAGCACGGAGCAGUGCAGGGAUCAGUGCAGGGAUCAGUGCAUGGAUCAGUGCAAGACUCAGUGCAAGGCUCAGUGCAUGGAUCAGUGCAGGGAUCAGUGCAAGGCUCAGUGCAGGGAUCAGUGCAGGGAUCAGUGCAUGGAUCAGUGCAGGGAUCAGUGCAAGGCUCAGUGCAGGGCUCAGUGCACAAGUCACUGCACAGCUCAUUGCAUGGCUCAUUGCAAGGCUCAUUGCAAGGCUCACUGCAGGGCUCAUUGCACGACCUGCUGCACAGCUAUGCACCCUCCGAGCUGUACAGCUGCGGGGAGACCCAGGUCCAGCUGAGUGCCGAUGGUGAGAUGCUGACGCUGCUGCUCUGCACCAACGCUGACGGCUCGGAGAAGGCGGCGCUGCGGGCGGUGGGACGCCGUGCCAACCCGCCCUACCUGCACGGCAUCAACCUGCAGGCCGUGCCAUGGACUUACCGCGGCGGUGGCCGUCUGAGCGCUGCGCUGUUUGCUGAGUGGCUGCAGGACUUCAAUGAGGAGAUGCAGCGUAAAGGGAAGAGCGUCCUGCUGCUCGCUGAGGAGCAUGAGGAGCGCCCCUACCUCCAGCUGUCCAACGUCAGGAUGCUCUUCAUGCCACCCGUGGCCACGCUGGCGCAUCCCCUGCACCGCGGCAUCGCCAGGGACCUGAAGGGCCAUUACCGGCGCCGGCUGCUCACCCAGGUCCCGGUGGUGCUGGGCUCGGAGCCGCCCACCCUGCUGGAUGCCCUGCACGUGCUGGCACAAGCGUGGGGCGACGUGCGCCCGGAGCUCAUCACCAGCUGCUUCCGUGCCACCAACUUCAGCCCCGAUAGCUGCCCUGAUGCUCUGCCCGCACCCAUCUGGCUCGGCCAGGAGCAGCUGGAGAGCUUUGGGGUGAUGGAUGAGGGGCUGGAUGCCGACAUGGCCGAGGGAGAGGACUGGGACGGGGGGACGGAGGAGAGCGAGGACUCUGCGGAGCCGGUGGCGGUGCGGCCGUGCCCCUCGGAGCCGGAGCUGUGGGACAGCAUGGCCACGCUGCGGCGCUUCCUGGAGUGCAGGGCCACCUCGCCGGACCUCAUGCAGAUGUUCUACACGCUGCAGGAUGCUGUGCACGUGGUGACAGCCAGUGCAGAGCCAGCACUGCUCAGGGACGGCCAUCCCAGGCAGUGAGGGCGGUGGUGGCACCGACGGGUGUUCUGUCACCAGCCACAGCCAUCGCAACUCUGGAGCUGCUCUGUGUAUGAUGAGGGUGGGAGGGGGAUGAUGCCACUGUGAUCGCUGGGCCCAGCAAAGAAGAAGGGAGCUCCGGAGGUUGGUAACGGGCACAUUAAAACUGAGCAGGUCAGCAAAGCACAGA